UGUCCCUCGGACACAGCGGAUCACCGAUCAUGGAAAGAGCCGAAGAUGUCGGCUCGGUCAUGUGAUCAACUGUGUCCAAUCACAGCUGAUCACAUGGCACUGAUGAUCAGUGUAGCCCCAGCAGCGCCACCUGUCAGUGUCCAUCAGUGCCUUGUGUCAGUGCUCAUCAGUGCCUCGUGCCAGUGCCCAUCAGCGCCACAUAUCAGUGCCCAUCAGUGCCACAUAUCAGUGCCACAUAUCAGUGCCCAUCUGAGCUGCAUUUCAGUGCCGCCUAUCAGUGCCAGUCAGUGCCGCCUAUCAGUGCUAUAUAUCAGUGAUGCCUGUCAAUGC